CUAUGUGUGUGUGUUUUUAAAAAACGGUAAAGCAUUAUUUAAACCUAGAUAUAGAGGCGAAAGUGAAUUGAGUUAAACAACCACCUUCAGCGUGGUGAUAUUUCGAGAUCUCUAGGCCGUUUAGGAUUGUGAUACAGCACUUAGCUUACCAGAAUGGAACAAGAGCAGCAACAACUACGAAAUCUCCGCGAUUUCCUCCUUGUGUACAAUCGAAUGACGGAGAUCUGUUUCCAGCGAUGUACAAGCAACCUUAACUACAGGACUCUCACGAUGGAUGAGGAGCGCUGUGUGGACAGCUGCGCGGGGAAGCUGAUCCGCUCCAACCACCGGCUGAUGGGCACGUACGUGCAGCUGAUGCCCGGCAUCGUGCAGCGCCGCAUGCAGGAGAUGGAGGCCAAGGCCGCCGAGAUGGGCCUGUCGGCGGAGGAGGCGGUAUCCACGGCAACAGCCGCUUCGCCAGACGCAGCCGCGGCGGAAUCUUCGCCGGCAUUUGCUCCGCCCCCCGCAGGGCUGGUGGGAGAGAUGGCUCCGGUUAUAGAGCCUCCUACUGGUGGAGUAACUGAUUUUACACCAGGUAUAGCGCCUCCUACCGGUGGAGCAAUGGUAGAUAUUUCACCAGUUAUGGCACCUCUUUCUGGUGGAGUGACGGAUAUUGCACCAGUUAUAGCGCCAUUACCUGGCGGAGCCGUGCUAGAUAAUUCACCAGUUAUAGCGACACCUACAACAAUAGAUAUUCCUCCGGUUUUAGCACCACCUGCGGGUGGGGCGACGUUGGAUGUCCCGCCUAUUUGGGAGCCACCACCAGUGAUGGAACCGGCACAGAUUCCCCAAAUCCUGUCCCCGCCUCCUGGAGAAACCGGCCGAGAGUCUGCGUCUUUGUCCGAGACGCUGAGGUCCCUGCCGGACCUGACCGCCACCCCCCCUGUCCCGCCAAGUCCGCCCGGCAACGGCCUGUCCAAUCACGAGCCUCCACCUCAACCGCCAAGCCAGUGACCGGGAGACCGCCUGCUCCAGACCUGGGUUCAGAUAGAGUGCAUGUUUUGGAUUCAAAUGAUAAUUUGUUAUUUAGCUGACGCUUUUAUCCAAAGUGACUGACAGUUGAUUCGACUAAGCAGGGGACAAUCCCCCCUGGAGCAAUGCAGGGCCUUGCUCAAGGGCUGAACAACUGUGCAGAUCUUAUUGUGGCUACAGCGGGGCUUGAACCACCAACCUUCACAGUCUGCCCCAUACUUUUCUGCAUUUGACUAAGUUUGCCUGGUGUAUUGGAACAAGUGAAAUGAUCCCAAAAAGUGUAAACCCCGCCUGCUCCUCCUUGCAGGCUCAAAUGCGCCAGGCAAGAUCAGUAGAGCGCAGGAAACGGUGCCGUUCUAUAUAAACCCAGGUCUGGUGUGCUCAGAUGAUCUGUCCGUAAGACUGUGUGGAUAACGCAGUACUGAAGAGACUGGCACAGGAAGCUGUUCGGUCAGGAAACGUUACACUGCUGUAGUUGGGGACUCUGUGACAUGCUUGUCAACGUGAACUCUUCUCUCUUUUUUUUAAUUAAAGAUGACAUGGAAUUAUUGACA